AAACGAGAAUGUUUUCAUAAAUUUAACUUUUUAGAUGUUAUUCCAUAUAAAACUUCAAUUACACGUUAAACACGUAUUCAAAUUCAUGAAAUAUUAAUUUUAAUAGCUAAAACAGAAAGUCUAAAAAAUAUCAGUUUUAGUAGGAAAAUAUAAUCGUGAAAAAUGCAGCAUAACAUGAUGUCUAAACGCGAAAAUACUCAUCAAUAUAUUAUCCAUUUACUCAUCAGACGUACGGCAAUUCACGGUUUAUUAUUUGUUUUCAAAGUGCUUGGAUUAUCUCCAUGGAAAGUUAGUGACUACAAAAUAACAGAUAAAAAUAAGGAUAAUCAAGAAAACCUAUUUGAGUCAUCAAACUAUGGAUCUGUAUACAAUAUUUUACUUAUAAUAAUUUCAUCUGCAUAUUGUGCAACGAUAACAGAGUUGGAAUUGUGGAAGGAAGAUUAUAUAGAUUCAGAUUUAGUCGAUAAAAUUGACUUAUGUCUUAUGAUUUAUGGAACUUUGCUCAUUGUUAUUAUCUGGCUGAAUUAUAUCUUGCAGCAGAAGAAAAUCGUAAAUAUCGUGAACAAGUUGUACAGCAUUUAUUACAACUUGAUGAUUUGUAAUAGAUACACUUUCAAAAGUGACUAUUGUUUGUAUGUUUUCCCCCUAGUAAAUUUCUUCCUGUGUGGGAGUUUGGUUAUCGUUGAUAUGAUAAAGUCUGGAAUUUAUAUAACAUCUAUAUGGGAUACUCCGUUAAUAAUAAGCAGUUGGGUUUUGAUGCAGUAUACACUUCUGCUGAAUAUCAUUUUUCAGCUGUUAAAAUGUAUGAGCACGAAAAUUCUCGAACUUGGAGAUAUUGAUGUAGAAAAUUACUAUCGAACUGUUCUCCGGUCAAAAGUUUUACUUCGAGAAUUUUCUAUCAAGGAUAUCAAUUUUGUAAAAUAUGCGGUUAUGCAAUUAUGUGAGAUUUGUGAUCAGAUUGCGGACUUUUAUGCGAUUCCUCUACUGAUGAUUAUUGUUUAUACAAUUACAAGAGUAAUAUUCGAUGUAUAUUAUCUGAUUGUCUCUCUAUUUUUGUUAGAUGAAUCCGAAUUAUUCAAACUUUACUUUUAUGUUGGCCUAUUGUGUUUGACAAUAGCUUUUAAUCUUAUUGUUUUCACUUCAAAUAUCACCAGGAUCACACGAGAAUUUUCAAAAAUUCCACACUACAUUUCAUUGCUUCUAAAUCGAUGCGCCAUGAAUUCAACAACCAAAGAAGCACUACUAGACUUUUUGCGUGAUACAUCAAACCGAGAUGUAAAUUUCACAACUUAUGGGAUAAUCACAAUUAAUGGAACUCUUUUGCAAAUGAUUUUUGGAACCAUGGUUACUUACUUAAUUAUACUUGUCCAGUUUCGUAAUUAACUUCAAAAUCAUCGCUUAUUUAUUAACACUGUGCUGUAAACUUGGAGUUACUUUUUUUGUUCUCUAAUUUAUAAGCUCAUAUUUGUAUAAUGACAUUUAGUGAUUUUUAG